AUGGAGGGGCCCGUAGGGGGCCCCUCUGAGGCAGCCUCUCCUGACAUUGACGCGGAGUACCCAGGGGCUUCCCUGCUGCGUCUCGCUGUGUUCUUGUGGUUCGCCCUUUUCACGGUGACUGUCUUGAUUCGCUAUGCGCUUCUGGCCCAGCAGCAACACCUCCCUGGCACAAUCUCUCCAGGGGGGCCUGCUGCGACUGCUGCUGUUGCUGUAGCGACAGUAACAUCAGCCAAGGACGCCACUCGGAUACAACUCUUCAAAAUCCAUGUAGUGCUCCUUCGCGCCGUUAUUAGAGAAGUGAUAUGUAACUUUUUUGGAAAAUGUUUGGUGACGACUCGCUGGGUUUUGUUCUGGGUGCUGUGGAAGGACAAGGACGGGCUUGAGGUGUACGUACACCGGGAUCGCAUAUCCCUCAAAAGGGCUACGGUACUGCGAAGAAAGACCAUUGUCUUCAUUAGACAUGGGGAGUCCAUAUGGAAUUUGUGUUUUAACCGGGGUGUCUUGACACCAGAGUUUCCUCUUCGUUUGUUUCUCUUGGUGCUGUGCGAACUGCUGCUGCUGUGGGAGUUCGAUUCGGUUCUGCUGGACUCCCCCCUUUCGUCUUUAGGGAUUGAGCAAGCCCUUUCCAUCCGUCAAGUCAUUGCUUCUAUCUUGCAGUCUGACUCGGCAGCAGCAGCAGAGGCAGCAGCAGCAGCAAAUGCAGCGGCUGCUGCCGAUACAUACCCUGAAACGCCAGUAGCAGAGGAGCCGCUAAGGGGCCCCAAACACUUUGGAGCAGCCACUGCUAUGCAGCAUCAGCAGCAAGAUGCAGAGUCAGCACGGGUUGCAGCACUUGCUAAUGCUUUGCCAGACGUGCAGCAGCAAAGAGUUCUCCUUUUGACGUCGAAUCUCAGGCGCGCCUCUUCGACGCUACUCCUGGCUGCCGGAUCUGUGCUUGCUUGUGGGAAGUGUUCAGCACGCGAAACAACUCGCAACCCUGACGGCUUUCCUCUGGCCCCGGCUCUUCGAGUGCCUUCUUUAUCGCGAUUGGAAAUCGCGCUGAUGGGCUGUGGGGGCCCCAUGGGAGGCUUUCCACGUGCAUCAGGGGCCCCCCCACCCCGCACUGCACCCACGCUAGCAGCAGGAGGCGCUGCUGUUUCAUCGGCAGCUGCUUCAGGUGUGGGCUGCGUAGACCCCGGAGGGAACAGGGGGCCCCCCAGUAGCAGCAGCAGACUGUGGAAGCGUCUGCUGCAGUUUGCAGAAGAGGCGAUGGGAGUGCAGGAGGAAACAGUCAUUGCUGUGGGGCACAGCAGGUGGAUCCGUGAAUUCUUUAGGGCCUUUUCGCUGCCGGAGGCAGAUUUGCCCGCUUCCCGUCGGAAGCUCUCGAAUUGCGGCGUACUGUCCCUCAGACUUGCUCAAAUACAGCAUGAAGAAACAGGCUCAGUGGAUUACUGCAUUGAGACGGAAUCUGUGAGACUCUUGCAUGGCAGUUUCUUGUAG